GCAAGGCCGACGAUCUCGCCGCCUCCAUCCUCUCCUGGUUCGCCCAAUCCAAAGAUCCACAUUACAUUGAUGAACUGGAGAACAUGAUAGACGAGUGCAUGGUAAUUUCAUUCAAUGCGGAGAUUGAGGACGGGAGCGUCGAGGAGGUAGCAGAGCAACUGAUGAUUAUGCACGAAGACUGUCUCAAAGGCAAUUACGAAUCAAUUGAAAAGUUGAGGAAUUCAGGUCCUCGAAUAAAUGCCGUUUCUCAAAGUAGACGGGUGAUUGAUGAUAACGAGGAUGAGAGCUCAGAUGAGGAAGAGUCGGAAAUGGCGGUGGAUGAGGCCCCGUCAACAGCGAUGGCUGAGGACCACCAUCCUAAGCCGGCAAAAGCAGUCCCAGAUGAAGAAGGAUGGUCUGUCGUCGCUCCAAGGCGCAGCCGAGGUAACCGAUCAGGAUGAAGCUGGAGCCAAGAGGAUAUUACGAUACGUAGAAUGUCAUUACUGUCAUUUUUGUGGUUGAGUUUCUGGUUGGUUUUCUCUUGAAUUUUCUGUUAUAUGUAUAUGCACACUGAGUUAUUGUUGCGACAAAAUCUUUUCUUCUACUUUUUCUUUCUUUCCCUUAGUUUACCUGGUAAGUUCUUAUGUAAACUGAAACCAUUGAAAAUCCUGCUGUGAGUUGGCGCCAAUUUGGCUCAGCAAUAACUGCUUACAUAGAAAUGUUGUUUGAGUAGAAA